GUGAGAAGCUCGCGUGACGGGAGGAGACCGUGGGCGACCAAUGAGAGCCCCGUAGACCGGGAAGAUUCCAGUCGUCAAGAGGGCUUGGUAGUGAGUGGGUCACUCUACCCCUGGGAUAUACUUUAUAUUUGUGUAUAUAGCACCUAUUUUAUAAAACAGACAUAAUGGGAGAUAAGGAGGAACAAGUACAGCGAGCUAAGCUUGCCGAGCAGGCAGAGAGAUACGAUGACAUGGCAGCAGCCAUGAAGCAGGUCACAGAAACUGGGGUGGAGCUCUCAAAUGAGGAGCGAAAUCUUUUGUCAGUAGCGUACAAGAAUGUUGUAGGAGCUCGGAGAAGUUCCUGGAGAGUUAUUUCCUCCAUAGAACAGAAAACAGAGGGUUCAGAACGAAAACAACAAAUGGCAAAGGAAUACAGAGAGAAGGUUGAAACAGAACUUAGAGAAAUAUGCCAGGAUGUAUUGGGUCUUCUUGACAAGUUCCUUAUUCCCAAGGCCUCGAAUCCAGAGUCUAAGGUAUUUUACCUAAAAAUGAAGGGAGAUUACUACAGGUAUCUGGCCGAGGUGGCCACUGGUGAUGUUCGAGCGGUUGUGGUUGACGACUCCCAGAAGUCAUACCAAGAGGCCUUCGACAUCGCCAAGUCUAAGAUGCAGCCUACUCAUCCCAUAAGGCUAGGCCUGGCCCUCAACUUCUCCGUUUUCUACUACGAGAUCCUGAACUCCCCUGACAGAGCGUGUCACUUAGCCAAGCAGGCAUUUGACGAUGCAAUCGCAGAGUUAGAUACGCUAAAUGAAGAUUCAUAUAAGGAUUCUACGCUCAUUAUGCAGCUUUUGCGAGAUAACCUGACGCUUUGGACGAGCGACACGCAGGGCGAGGGAGAAGAUGCUAAUGAAGGGGGCGACCAAAACUGAUAAAUGCAACCCUUAAUAGCAUGCUUCACUCGACCCUCCAUACUACAACCUUCAAGUCAUGAUGCCUAAGGGUCGACCAUUCCUCACCUCACUUUUCACACCGCCAGCGUGGCUACCAGUAGUCGAGGCUGCGGCUGGGCGCUCCUCAGUGACGCUACGCUCAUCACCUCGAUACUCAUGGCCGCAACAUCAUCACAACGGUCGCCCCUCGGCCCCUCUGCUGCCUGUAAGACUUCCUCGAGCUUGUUAAUGUAUCGAGAAGUCUUCAUUUCUUUCCCAGUGCAUUUGUGACUCACCAUUGAGGAGCAGUCCCAGCUGUUAGGUUAACAAUUGUGCACAGGCUACCCGGCGAGUGUUGCAGCUCUUGCCUGCCAUCUUGAGAGACUGUAAAGUGAAUAUAGACUAUGGGACUAACUGGAGCUCUCUGGACCAGCAUGGAGAGAGUUUGAUAGUGUGAAAACAGCGCUUGGGUCGGCUGGUCGUUUCUCAGUGGGGCGGCCAGCCAGACUGCAUUACUAUUACUGCUAAAUGAACCACUUAGCAUUUUGUACUUCCCAUGGGGUCGGGCUCCCUCGGUCCCACCUCUUUGUAUGUAACGUUGCGUACUGACAGUCAGCGGACAAAACCAACAAGUAUGAAGAGAUUGUUACUGUAUUAACCAGUGAAUCAUGUUGUUGUAGCCAAGAAAGUAUACCAUAAUUAGAUUCUUUGGCAACACGAAACUAAAUUUUUGUAGCUUUCGAGGUGUUAACAUUUUAAAAUGCCAUAUCAAGUGUUACAACUCAUGAAUUCACUGUACGUUUAAGAUUAAUAAUGUAUUACUUAUUGGUUUAUUAGAUGUGACCCCUUCAAAAUUGAGCUGAUUUUCUGUUGUCGUGGCCAGUUGGUGUCUACAAGAUCAAUAAUAAAUGCGGUAGAUAUUGACAUUGUUGGAUAUAAGCAUGGAGUAAUGAUGGAAACAUUUGAUUAUACAAAUUCUCUGGCGCUGUUGAGAAUGAUCGGCCGUCAGGCGAGAUAUCUAGCGGGAAUGGGAAGCAAUUUGAUUAAUGGUACCAUCUUCACAGUUGGGCGGGAUUUUUAUAUUUGGCCUUUACCUUUAAUGACCCGAUGAGGAAACUUACUGGCAGUACCACCACCAUUGUCAGUAGAAGGGGAGAUUUAACACCAUUCAACGUUGUCACUCAAAUGUAAAAUGUCCCAACUCUCCUGACGCCGAGUGUUCUCAUCUGCUUAUUUGAAGACCAGUCAACUGAGGAGCUUUAUUUCUCUGGGUUUGUACUUAUGUUCACACUGAUUUAUCAAGAGUACUUUGCAGGGUGCUCUGCCUAUCUUCUAGGUGGACGUGUAGUUUGCCUAGCAGGCGAUAUUCAAAAGAAUGGUAUUAGAAUUUUCAUUUUCAUUGUAAUCUGCAUUAAUAGUAUGAACGGCCUCCCCAUGAAAGAUAUUGGUAUAAAUUUAACGAUUCACCAAUCAGCGCUUGAAAUCGACUGCCAAAUGUGAAAUGUAUAAGAGCGUAAUAAUGUUUUGGUGGUAGUUUAGGUCAAAAUUUAACUUUGAAAAAUUCUCGCCCCUUUGUCAAAAUUGCUUUCCUAAAUCAACGUAAUAAACGUUUCAUAUA